AUGGCGUCAAACGCUGGACUUAGAUUCACAAUCAAACCUCGACACGCCGCGCAUCUCGACCCUCAAGGCGCCGGAGAUGCACGACCAACCGCCCUUCAAAUCAUCAAAGAUGAGGGUGCCGAAGGAAAGCUGGCCGGCAAGGUUAUUGUCAUCACUGGAGCCACAUCAGGCAUUGGUCUCGAGACAGCUCGUGCCUUGAAGACCACCGGGGCUACUCUAUUCCUCACAGCCCGCAACCGAUCUAAGGCCGAGAAGAACCUCGCCGGGAUCCUAGAACCCGGCCGAGUCUCGCUGAUCGACUUAGAUCUAGACUCAUUUGCGAGUAUUCGUGCUGGGGCUAAAGAAAUCCUCGCCGCGUCUAAGGGCCAGGUCAACAUUCUUAUCAACGGCGCGGGUGUUAUGGGCAUCCAGAACCGUGCGCUCACCGAAGAUAGCAUUGAGGCGCAAUUCUCUGGUAACUAUAUAGGGUUCUUUCUCCUCUUCCAGCUUCAAAAGGAAGCUUUGCUAGCUAGUGUGACUCCCGAGCUCAAUUCGCGAGUUGUGGUCGUGGCUUCAUCUGCCUACCGAGCUGGGACUCUCCUUAGUAGCGACAACUACAACUUCGAAAAGAGCGAAUAUAACCACGAAACUGCGUAUAAUAACGCUAAGCUUGCUGCGGGACUACAUGCUACCAGUCUCCACCCCGGCGCGAUCAACACUGCUAUAUCCCGUAAUAUGCCUCCGGACUUCUUAGAGGCUAUUAUGACCAACCCCUACAUUCUAAAGAUCUUAAAGUCUUCCCAGCAGGGAGCGGCUACGACGGUGUGGGCGGCUGUGGGUAAGGAGUGGGAGGCAAAGGGUGGCAAGUAUCUCGAGGACUGCAAGGAAGCGGACCGUGGUGAGGACGAUGGCCAAACCUUCGGCGCCGGAUGGGUGAAGCAAACAUAUAACCCUGAGGAGGAGGAUCGUCUCUGGAAGGAUUCCCUUAAGAUAGUCGGACUGGAGUGA